CGCCCGGCACUGGCCGUUGCCGCGAGACGGCCGCGUUCCGGUUCCGGUCGGUUGCCCGGGAGACGCGGGUACACAGAGGAGCGGCUCCCGUCGGAGGCCGAGUGGUCGUCGCGGUCGUCCCCUCGGCGACUUGCAGGCCGAGUCGCUUCCUCGCAGAGCUUGAGGAGGGCGGACGGCGGCGGAGGCGCCAUGAGUCAGAGGCAGGUUCUGCAAGUGUUCGAGCAAUACCAGAAGGCCCGGACCCAGUUCGUGCAGAUGGUGGCGGAGCUGGCGACCAGACCCCAAAACAUCGAGACGCUGCAGAACGCGGGUGUAAUGUCUUUGCUGAGGCCUCUUCUUCUGGAUGUGGUCCCGACAAUUCAACAGACUGCUGCUUUGGCUCUUGGGAGACUGGCCAAUUAUAAUGACGACCUCGCAGAAGCUGUUGUGAAGGGUGACAUUCUUCCACAGCUUGUUUAUUCACUGGCAGAACAGAAUCGCUUCUACAAGAAAGCAGCUGCCUUUGUGUUACGAGCAGUUGGUAAACAUUCUCCCCAGCUAGCUCAGGCAAUAGUUGAUUGUGGAGCACUGGAUACACUGGUCAUAUGCUUGGAAGAUUUUGACCCUGGAGUCAAGGAGGCUGCAGCCUGGGCACUUGGGUAUAUUGCAAGACAUAAUGCAGAACUGUCACAAGCUGUGGUGGAUGCGGGAGCUGUUCCUCUUUUAGUACUCUGUAUCCAGGAGCCAGAAAUUGCUUUGAAAAGGAUUGCUGCUUCCGCCCUCAGUGAUAUAGCAAAGCAUUCUCCAGAGUUAGCACAGACAGUAGUGGAUGCAGGAGCUGUUGCUCACUUAGCCCAGAUGAUCCUGAACCCUGAUGCUAAAUUGAAGCAUCAGGUCCUUUCAGCUCUCAGUCAGGUUGCGAAACAUUCCGUGGAUCUGGCAGAAAUGGUUGUUGAAGCAGAGAUUUUUCCAGUUGUACUUACCUGUCUGAAGGACAAGGAUGAAUACGUGAAGAAAAAUGCUUGUACUUUAAUUAGAGAGAUUGCAAAACAUACACCCGAGCUCUCACAGCUGGUAGUUAACGCAGGAGGGGCUGCUGCUGUAAUUGACUGUAUUGGCUCCUGCAAAGGGAACACACGGCUGCCUGGCAUCAUGAUGCUUGGUUACGUAGCAGCUCAUUCUGAGAACCUAGCAAUGGCAGUCAUCAUUUCUAAGGGUGUACCCCAGCUGUCAGUCUGCUUGUCAGAAGAACCAGAAGAUCAUAUUAAGGCUGCCGCUGCUUGGGCUUUAGGACAGAUUGGAAGACAUACUCCUGAACACGCACGGGCUGUUGCAGUCACAAAUACUUUGCCAGUUCUGCUUUCUUUGUACAUGUCAACAGAAAGUUCUGAGGAUCUUCAAGUAAAA